ACCACAUCCGCUGCUUGACGAAGCCGAACGACGGGGAGGAAGAGACGCUGACAAUGUCCACCGACAAUAUUCGCUUCUAAACGCCGUCUGCGUCCACCUCCGGCGGUUGGGAUUAUCACGCAAGCGUCGGCGGCACACAACAUCGUCGAAAGCCGUAGUUGUAGCGGCUGAAGACUCGCCGUCUGGUGGAAGGGAACCGAAGAGGACGAGCGACCGCUUCCUUCUCCUCGUCUCCGGAGCACGCCAACAUGGGACUAGAGUGAAGCGUCCGCAUCCUCGGCCUGUGGCGUCCUCUUCCUCAGCUGAUUGAUACGUGGCGCACAAAGAUGGAGGUCUGACGGCGGGGAGGGACACCAAGGUGACACAAAACAACUCCCCCUGCGGCCAUGGCGGGCCUCAAACGUCACCAUGACGGGAAGAUCGCCGGGCUGUACGACCUGGACAAGACGCUGGGGCGUGGCCACUUUGCCGUGGUCAAGCUGGCGCGGCAUGUCUUCACUGGAGAAAGGGUGGCGGUGAAGGUGAUCGACAAGACCAAGCUGGACCCGGUGGCGCGGGGUCACCUUUUCCAGGAGGUGCGUUGCAUGAAGCUGGUGCAGCACCCCAAUGUGGUGCGCCUCUAUGAGGUCAUCGACACGGCCACCAAGCUCUACCUCAUCCUGGAACUGGGCGACGGCGGGGACAUGUACGACUGCAUCAUGAAGCACGAAGGAGGCCUCACCGAAGAGGUGUCCAAGUGUUACUUCGCCCAGAUCGUGCACGCCAUCUCCUACUGUCACCGGCUGCACGUGGUGCACAGGGACCUGAAGCCUGAGAACGUGGUGUUCUUCGAGAAGCAGGGUGUGGUCAAGCUCACCGACUUUGGCUUCAGCAACAGGUUUCAACCAGGGAAAAAGCUCAACACGUCUUGCGGCUCGCUGGCCUACUCUGCUCCCGAGAUCCUACUGGGGGACGAAUACGACGCGCCGGCUGUCGAUAUCUGGAGCCUGGGCGUCAUCCUCUUCAUGCUGGUGUGCGGUCAGCCGCCCUUCCAGGAGGCCAACGACAGCGAGACGCUCACCAUGAUCAUGGACUGCAAGUACACCGUGCCAACACACAUCUCAGCUGCCUGCAGAGAUCUUAUCGGUCACAUGCUGCAGCGAGACCCCAAGAAGCGAGCGACUCUGGAGCAGAUCGAGAGCCACGAGUGGCUUCAAGGCGUGGACCCGUCCCCGGCCACCAAGAUGUCCACGCCGCUGGUGUCUCACCGCAGCUUGUUGGAAGAAGAGCACGGCUCCAUCAUCCAGCGUAUGGUGCUGGGGGGCAUCGCCGACAGAGAUGCCAUCACUGAAGCGCUGGAGUCGGACCAAUACGACCAGAUCACCGCCACCUACUUCCUGCUGGCUGAGAGGAUGCUGAGGGAUCGACAAGAGAAGGAGCAACACAGCCAGACUCGCUCGCCCAGCCCCAGCAAGGCCCAGUUCAGGCAGUCGUGGCCCACCAGAGUGGACGUCCACCAGGAUGUCAGCGACGGCUUGGGUGGUCCGGCCAUCUCACACCCUGGGGGGCCUCAGUCCCCCGCCCGCAGUGCCGAGAGCCUCCACAAGGGCCCCCGGCCCAAAACGGCUCUGCCCGACCUGAGUCAGAGGCAGGACCAGGACAAGGGUCUGCGGCCUGUGUCCAAGCACUCUCUGAGACUGACCUCGGGGGGGCCCUGCAAGACCCGCAGCCCCAGCCUUUUUAGCGUGGAGGAAGACGAGGAGGAGGAGGGGGAGGACCGACGUCUGUCCCCCUCUGGUGCCUCCGCCCAAGUGGUGCUGCGCUGCAAAGCCUCCUCCACCCGCACCCGCCUGACUUCCCGCAUGAGCGCCCCCGUCCUCAAUCAGAUCCACGAGGAGGAGAAAGGGGAGGAGGAUGAAGAGGACUUGACCAGACCCAGACCCAGCCUCAGCCUCAAACUCAACUCCAGAGUCCCCUCCCCCGACACCGCCCUGACCCCUGACCACUCGGAGGCCGGCGACGACAACACGGAGAGCGUGCGCUUGUCGGACGCCGCCGGGGACGGGGUGGGUAACGAGGACGGCGAGAAAUGUGGGGCGGGCCCGGGAAGCCCCUCCCACUGCACCAGUCCCGGGUCAGCUUCUGGCCAAGGGAAAGGCUCGGCCAAAAGUUCCAGUGGCCUGGUCGAAAGCCUCAAACUGAUGAGUUUGUGCCUCAGCUCUCAGUUCCACAACCUGACCGGCGGCGCCGGGGUCGGGACGCCCGGAAACGGCGCAGGCGGCAUCGGCGGGGACCCUCAGGAGCGCCCCGUGUGGAGGAUGUGCGUGGGCGGAUCCACGGGCAGCCUGGAUAAAGUCUCGCUCCUGGGGGGGCCGUCGCCCCGGGGGAACCUCUACCAGCAGCCGCCCCCUUUAGGGGAGGCCCUGGUGGACCCGCUGCUGGAGGGCUCCUGCUCGGGGACGCUGAUGCUGGGGGAGCUGGACCUGGCCCGGGAGAACCACAGGAACAUGAAGAACCGAGCCCUGCAGAUGAGUGACAAGACUCUGGCUGUCAACAUGCACCGUGGCCCCAAGGAGGGGCUCCUGUGCACCCCCACCCCCCACAGCUGCUGCCAGGUCAUCUAGGGGCCACCCACACAACAUGGACUAUUACACUACAUACACAACAUGGACUAUUACACUACAUACACAACAUGGACUAUUACACUACAUACACAACAUGGACUAUUACACUACAUACACAACAUGGACUAUUACACUACAUACACAACAUGGACUAUUGCAGUACAUACACAACGUGGACUAUUACAUACACAACAUGGAUUAUUAGAUACACAACAUGGAUUAUUAUAUACACAACAUGGAUUAUUAGAUACACAACAUGGAUUAUUAUAUACACAUUUAUUAUUAUAUACACAACAUGGAUUAUUAUAUACACAUGGAUUAAUAUAUACACAUGUAUUAUUAUAUACACAACAUGUAUUAUUAUAUACACAACAAGGAUUAUUACAUCCCAGCACUUGUUUUAGUCCUUUGACAUUAUUAGUCAAGCUAUGACUGAAGUUCAUGGAACCCUUAAGAGAUCCUUCACAAAUGUCUAAAUAAUAUACAUAUCUUCAUGGAUUAUAUUUUUAAAAAUAUUGUAAUAUUUAAAAGGCCAGUAAGUUAACAUAAGUACUGUUUUUUUUUAUUUGGGGAAAGAAUAUACGUCCAUUUUAAAAAGUGUUUAAAUUAUUAGGCUCAUUAUUUGGCAGAAAACUUCUCCUAAAUAUAUUGUAAACCUGAAUAGCAACCAUGUAUCAUUUAGAAUACUAAAAAGUCUAACAUUUUCUGCAUGCUUUGGAUGGGAAAAAAGUUUAAAAAAAAUUAAUUAAUCCAAAUUGUAACAUCAAGAUUUGGGUUUGUUUAAAUAAUGUGGUGUCAAAAUUGGCAGAUUUUCACUGGGACAUGAAUUAUUGGUGAGGAACAAACUUGGUGUCACAUUGGCAUUUUAAACUCAUUUAAUUGUCUAAAAUGUUUAUUUAUAUAUA